AUGCUUGAAACCCAGAUUUCACAAGUAGCUCAAACCACCUCUGCACAAGUUGUACCUGGAGGACAAUUCCCUGGACAAACCCAACCUAAUCCCAAAGGAACACCAAAUUCUAUCACCCUAAGAAGUGGAACCGCUUAUGAAGGACCGAAAAAUCCUAACCUAAGCUCAUCGGAAAAACCUAAGGAAGAUGCUGAACCAAAAGACCAGGUAGAGGAACCAGAGAAAUCCGAAAAGCAAUCAGAACAAGAGGUAGAGAAUCACACACCACAACCUUACAAACCACCCAUUCCAUUUCCACAACGGUUGAAAAACACCAAAAUAGAAAACCAAUUCCAAAAGUUCAUUAAGGUAAUAGAGAAACUCCACGUAGAAAUCCCUUUUACCGAAGCAAUAACCCAGAUACCAUCAUAUGCUAAGUUCUUGAAGGAUAUUUUGUCCAAUAAACGAAGACUCGACGAUCCCAAACCUUUAGACUGUCAUUCCAUAUCCGAGAAUAAACUUGCCAAGAAAGAUAAAGAUCCUGGAAGUUUUUCUAUCCCUUGCGUCCUAAGAAAUCAUAUGAUAGACAAAACAUUUCAAUACCUAGGAGCAAGCGUAAGUCUGAUGCCCUUGGCUGUCUGUAAGAAGUUAAAACUAGGAGUGCUUCAACCUACUAAGAUGUCGUUACAACUAGCCGAUAGAUCUGUUAAAUACCCCAUGGGUACCUUAGAGGACAUGCCUGUCAAGAUUGGUCAGUUAUACAUUCCGACUGAUUUUGUAGUUAUGGAUAUCAAAGAAGAUGAUGACAUCCCAAACCUUCUAGGUAGACCAUUCUUAUCGACCGCUGGAGCUAUAAUAGAUGUUAAGAAAGGGAAGCUGACUUUUGAGGUAGGAGAUGAAAAGAUCGAGUUAAUUCUAUCAAAAUUUCUAAUGGCACCAGUGAUAGGCUAUACGUUACAAACCCAUCAAGCUUUUGGCGCCGUUGCCUGGGACCAACUUCGUCAAAUUUUGUACCCUAUUGUUAUCCCGUUUAUACUAAGGCUAUUCUAG